UUAGCCUGGACGUUCCUGUUAGCAGGCAGCGCACACAAGUGGUUUGUGCUGUGUGUCUGUAUUCCACACUUGUGCCUACAAAACCGGGAUUUGGCGCUGAAAUCCACCACAUCUCCACGAUGAGCUUCUUGUUUGGCAGUCGCUCAUCUAAGACCUUCAGGCCCAAGAAGAACAUCCCAGAGGGUUCCCACCAGUACGAGCUGCUCAAACAUGCUGAGGCGACACUUGGCAGUGGAAACCUGAGGCAGGCUGUCAUGCUGCCAGAGGGAGAGGACCUCAAUGAAUGGAUCGCUGUCAACACGGUGGAUUUUUUCAACCAAAUCAACAUGCUGUACGGCACCAUCACUGAGUUUUGCACUGAGACCAGCUGCUCUGUCAUGUCUGCAGGACCAAGGUAUGAGUACCACUGGGCUGAUGGCACCAACAUUAAAAAGCCCAUUAAAUGCUCUGCGCCCAAGUACAUCGACUACUUGAUGACCUGGGUGCAAGAUCAGCUGGACGACGAGACGCUUUUCCCUUCCAAGAUCGGAGUUCCCUUCCCCAAGAACUUCAUGUCUGUGGCCAAGACCAUCCUGAAGCGUCUGUUCAGGGUUUACGCUCACAUCUACCACCAGCACUUUGACUCCGUCAUGCAGCUGCAGGAGGAGGCCCACCUCAACACCUCCUUCAAGCACUUCAUUUUCUUUGUUCAGGAGUUCAACCUCAUUGACCGGCGAGAGCUCUCUCCUCUGCAGGACUUGAUCGAGAAGCUUGGAUCCAAGGACAGAUAGACAUUUCAUCACACAACUCUUUUUUUAAUUUCCGCGUCUUUCCUUCCUCACUAUGACUUCCUCUACCUCUGUGACUUCUGGCCUCAACUCUUCAGUCUGUGCCUUUCUCUUUACAUUUCCAGAGUGUUGGUAUCACACUCUUCACUCCUUCCUCUUGGAUGCUGUCUUUGAGCCUCGUCCCCCAUUUUAGCCUCAAUAGAUCAUUUCGAUCGAUAGUGUAGAGGAGCAACUGUUUUGUUUUGUUUUAUGUUUUUUUUAAAGGACUGUGGUUCGGAUCAAUCCAUUGAAUUUUAUUUUGGACCAAGAUCACUUGCAAAUUAGAGUUAAACAACCACUUUUCUACUUUUGGAAGCUGGUGUACAGUGUUUUAUUUUUUAUUUUCUCAACACAUUCUAGUUAUUGAUACCUUUUUUUUUGUUAACUUUUGGUUAUUCAAAGGGCAGCGGUUGACCGAAUAUCCCGAUCUUAGUUUUGUUUUGUUUUUUGCCUGCCAUUAGUGUCCAGUGGGUUGUAACAAGAAGGAUCGCAAAAAAAAAAUGUGACAAACAAGUCUUUGUUUGUAGCUGUAACAAUGUAACACAUGAAGGCAGACGCAUAAAUACACCGCUGUGUGAAGCGUCUCUCAUUCAGCAGCUGUUUGUUUACUUGAUGUCCCACUUUAAGUGUAUGUGGUUGCUGUUGACACACUCUUUCUACGUACUCAUGAAAAGAGAUGCAGUGUCAGGUUAUUGUGACAUGCUUUUUUUUUUUUUUUUUCGUUUUUGCCUCACAAGAAAGCACCACUGUUGACUGUGUAUUAUAGCUGUUUUCAGUUGGAUCACGCAAAAUAUUUUGCACAUUUUCUGGCUGUUCUCAUAAAUAGUGAAAUGUGAGAUGUAGUGCUUACAGUGACACAUUUUUGUUUCUACUUUUUAGUCUACUAUUUUGUUUUUAAUAUAGCCACUCAAAGCCAGUGUAAGGACCUUAUGAAAGAGCUUUAUAGUAUUUUUCUUUAUAAGUUUAUUUCUGUGACACUGAUGCUGGUACUUCUUUUUUUUUUUUCCACCCCCACCUCCUCCCCGAUUGAAAAGUAGGGACUUAACUGUUUUACCUGUACACCUGAGAUGUAUGUAGUUUUUUUUUUUUUUCUUUUUCUAGACAAAUUUUUGAUACAUAUAUAAUGAUCGUGGUCAUUUCCUUUGCGCAAUCUGGCUACAACAGCAGGGCUGUGUGUACUGCCAUAUGUUUUUAAAAACGGAUGCAGCUAAUACACCUAAUCAAUGUUUGGGGUCGAGAGAAUUGGUUCACAACGCUUCAUAUUGGAUCUAAAUUUAAUCAGACAAUCGGGCAAACAGUUUUGUUAGAUGAUGUGAAUAUAUUACUCAGAAUGAACCAGUUUAUAGUUUACCGCGUUGUUAGAGAGACUGUGCUUAUUUCUACAAUGUGAAAGUGUUUUUAAUUGAAUUAUAUUUCAGUUUAGCGACUUUCAGACCUACAUAUAGUUUAGCUGUCAAAUGAAUCCAGCGUAAUAAACAUAGUUUAUCUGCACGUCCAGUAACUCCUUUCAAUUUUUUUUUAUAUUUUUCUUUUUACGUGUAAGGCUUUUUCCUCACCAUUUUGUUUGUAAACUUUAGGCACAGAGUUACAUUUCAUUUCACACAAUAUGAUACUGCCUUCAUAGUUUUUAAUUACGAAAUAAGGGCUUUCAAAUUAAUAAAUAUAUUUUGUGUAUGUACUAACUUGGCUGAUUUUUCCGACCUGGGUGGAGUCAUGGCGAUGUACGUACUACGUCCAAACAUUUGCUGUAAAUAAAAUCAGUGUAUUAUCAGAACAAAACUGUGCCUUGCAAUGAUGGGAGUGCCUGAUAUGACAGUAUUCAUGGAUCAAAAAAAUUCAAUAAAAUCUGAAAUGACCCUG